AUGCUGCUAGUAUCGCGUUCUGCGGGACCCAAUGAUAUGACAUGGGAGAACGUCACACCACUUAGUAUGGCAAUUUCCUAUGGCCAUGAAGAGAUCGUACAGCUUCUUCUCCGAGAAGGUGCAGAACCUGAUCUUCCAACUGGUAGUCUCUACAGCUCUCCUUUGCAGGUCGCAGUAGCCCAUGGUAUGUUAAACACUGUACGCAUACUUAUGGCCCAUGGAGCCGAUCCCACUUAUUGCUCCGCCGGAGGUUGGUCAAUACUGCAUUACCUUUAUGACCGUGAUAGCUCGAUUCACGGUUACGAAUUUGCCGCUGUGCUAGGGUAUGAUUUGUUAUUUGAUGAGAUCAAAGAUUCUCAAGGCUGGACGGCGCUUCACAGAUGUGCAGCGUUUGGUACAGCCAAUGAUAUAGGGCUCCUGCACCGCUUAGGUGCUUCCCCAUUUCCUGACCGUUACAUCACGAAUCAAGGAUGGACUCCUGUCCACAUAGCGGCUUUGAUGGACAACACAUCGACUCUGGAGGCAUUGCUUCACCUGGGUACAAGUGCAAUGGGCAUGAGAGAUAUGAUCUCGUUGAAUCUGAGCGUUCCAAACUUCGUCGAUACCCAUGGUUGGACCCCUUUACAUGUCGCAGUAUACCGGAGCGCUUCAUCAACUAUAUCAUACUUGCUUCGAAGAAAGGCUGACCCGCAACAAAGAACAUAUUGUACCGCAGGGUGGUUUCCCCCAGGCUACGAGGGAGAAGCACUUGACACCAUAGACAUUGCAAAGUUGAACGGGGAGAAAAGUCUGUUUCACUAUGUCUACUUGCUGAACGAAGCAGGAUACGAGGUGACGACUGACGGUGAGGAUGUCUUCUGGGAAGCCUACGUAUGA